UGCUGUAUUACUAAAGAUUUGAGCAAGAUGUACGAUAAACGUGUUUUAGAGUGAGAAUACUAGCCUGCUUGUUUUUCAUGUGCUGCGUGAUGGGGCGUCCAUGUUUUCUUGUUGACACAGUGGACGAAAGACUGACAUGUUUUCUAUGAGAUUGCACAUUCUUUUACAUGUUUUAUCGCGAGAUAUAGUUUUGGAGUCCGUUUGAUUUAAUAAUAUCGACGUUUAAAUCGACAAUGUGAUAUUGGAGAUUUUGACCUUUGCAUUUGUGUACGUUCCAUUUCAGAAUACGCCCCUUUUUGAUGAACAGAACAAAGUAAAAAACUGUUAUAAGACCAACAUCAGAAAUGAAUGUUAAUAUAAUAUUAAUGAUUCUCAAUAAUUCUCAGUUGUGUGUCAUAUUGACUUCUAAAAGGGCAAUUGAAGAUGACCUGAAGUGGCUAUUCAAACAAAUGGGAAAGAACAGUCAUUGACCCUAUUUUGACAAAUAUUGUUGGCUAUAAUUAAUUACCCUAGUUAUUAUUCUCAGAUUUUACUUAACAGUAUGCACACUAAGAUAAAUAAUAGAGGCGAAGUUAGUUGUGCCAGUUCAUGGAAACAGAACAGUUCAUUUCGCUCCUUCACAUGUUAUUUUCACAGAAAAUAAGAUUGAAUUGUAUAUUGUCAGUUAUCCUUUCGAAAAGACAAGAUUGACUGAAUCCUAACCUUGCAGCCCAUAAAUAAAUAAUGUAAAUAGUAAAUAAUAACAUUAUGAAUUAAAAAGAUUUGACUUCUGAUGAAAGGACUUGUUGAUUAUUAAUCCAGGAUUCUGUCAUCAAGUCUAUUUGUGUAACUGAGGCAAAUCUUUCUAGAAGCCCACAUAUUGUAAACAAGUCCCGUAUGAUACAGUAAAAAAAAUCAGAAAAAUUUCAGUACCACAUGUGGGUAAUGUGUGGGCUUAACAUAUCCCAGCCGCUGCUUAAAACCUCUAUGUAGGUUAUUUCAGAGCUAUAUUGAAUAUCGUAUCUUGUUUGACCGUUGCUCUGCCAAAAUAAGAUUGUUUGCCUUGCUGGCUAAUUAUUGGCAAAAUAAUAUUAUACAGAGUAUUUAGAAAUCCCUAAAACAAGUUUAAUAAUUCACAGACAGACCACAACAGCUUAACUAGUUUGGCAUAGGCGCUAUUGUCUAUGUAUAUUUUAGAAGGACUCCAUUGCCAAAAAGGGUUUAAAUCUAUCAUGUAAUGCUCCUUAUAAGUCUGGUAAGUGACAGUUUGAUUUUGGAAAUUCUAAAUGACUAAAUCUUUACUAUUAUUUAUUGACAUGUUACAGUGAAGUGUGUUUCCCCUAAUUCCCCCAUUUAGUUUCAGUAUUUCCUUUAAAGUAUUGCUGGCAUUUCACAAAUUGAGCAGUGAACAUUAGUAAAUGGACAAGUACUAGAUCCCAAAGUAAAUCUCAUUGCGAACAGCUUUGAACUUUCUUUCUGAUCUGAGUUUGCUUCUGGAAGCAGUUUUUCUGUGUCCGUUUAUGUAAGGCAAGCAUUGUCUGGGUAAUAAUUUUCUGAAUGUUUUUGAGUGCAGUGGGUGUGAAAGGCCUUGUCUGUCCUCAGUUCCAUCGGGCACUAUAGGAAGAAGCCGAAUAACACAAAACAGAAUGACUAAAGAAGACACUUCUGCUGUGGAAGAGGCCCAGCCCUCUGACUUCAGUCCCAUUCAUGAACCCCGCAAGAAACCCAUUGUGCAUCCAUCUGCACAGGCUCCGCUUCCCAAAGACUAUGCGUAUACCUUCUUUGAUCCAAAUGAUCCAGCCUGUACGGAGAUACUGACAGACCCUCGGACCACAAUCCCCGAGCUUUUCGCCAUUAUCCGCCAGUGGGUCCCUCAAGUUCAGCACAAGAUCGACAUUAUAGGCAGUGAGAUUUUGAAGCGAGGUUGCCAUGUCAACGAUCGUGAUGGCCUGACAGACAUGACCCUUCUCCACUACUGCUGCAAAGCAGGCGCUCACGGAGUGGGUGAUCCUGUGGCAGCCCUCCGCCUGUCCAAUCAGCUUUUAGCUCUGGGUGCUGACGUAAAUCUCCGUAGCCGUUGGACCAACAUGAACGCGCUCCAUUAUGCAGCUUACUUUGACGUGCCAGAAUUGAUCCGUGUUUUACUCAAAGCCUCCAAACCCAAAGUGCUCAACUCCACGUGCAGUGACUUUUAUCAUGGAACAGCCCUGCAUAUCGCCGCCUCCAACCUCUGCCUGAGUGCUGUCAAGUGUCUGCUGGAGCAUGGAGCCAAUCCAACCGUCAGGAACGAUAAGAGUCAAGAACCCGCCGAGGUUGUUCCAGACCCCAUGGACAUGAGUUUGGAUAAAGCUGAGGCCGCCAUGGUGGCUAAAGAGCUGAAGCAGGUGUUGCUGGAUGCAGUGCCGCUCAGCUGCAACCUCCCACGUGCCACCCUGCCCAACUACGACAACAUCCCAGGCAACCUCAUGCUCUCCUCCCUCGGCCUCAAGCUCGGGGACCGCGUGGUGCUAGACGACACCAAGACUGGCACGCUCCGUUUCUGUGGCACCACUGAGUUUGCAAGCGGGCAGUGGGUCGGCAUUGAGCUGGAUGAGCCAGAGGGCAAGAAUGACGGAAACGUGGGUGGGAUCCGCUAUUUUAUCUGCCCCCCAAAACACGGGAUCUUUAGUCCUGUGUCGAAAAUCAGCAAAGCUGUUGAACCGAUUUCCUCUUCAGUCGCUUCCACUCCCAAAACUCCUCGCAUGGACUUUUCCCGUGUGACCGGCAAGAUUAAAAAAGAGAAAAAAGAAAAGGAACGAGAAAAGACACAGAGAAAGAAGUCUCUCACUGGAAUGAGUCUGGAUCCUGAUGGAGUAAAGGUUGAGGUUGGGGAUCAGGUGUUGGUGGCAGGCCAAAAGCAAGGAACUGUUCGUUUUUUUGGAAAGACAGACUUUGCUCCUGGGUAUUGGUUUGGUGUGGAGUUAGAACAGCCCACUGGAAAACAUGACGGCAGUGUAUUUGGAGUGCGUUACUUCCACUGUCUGCCUAAAUAUGGGGUUUUUGCACCACCAUCCAGAGUUCAGAGAAUUGGAGGGCCAAAAGAGCCUCAAGGGGUUGGUACACUAAAGAAAGUCCACCAGGUGACUAUGUCCCAGCCUAAGCGUAACUUUAAUGCGAUCCGGUCUCCAAAGGACAUAACAUCUGAGAAUUCCAUAUCAAGCAGGUUGCUGUUCUGUUGCUGGUUCCCCUGGAUGCUGCGUGCAGAGAUGCAGUCCUAAGUCCACUGGUUACAUCUUUAAUUUUAUCUUCCUCCUUUUCUGUUUCUCUUCAUGAUAAAUCAAACCCCCUCUGUAUACUUUCAUUAUUCAUACAUGCUUCUCUCUGUGAACUACCCCGACUGCAGUCAAAAGGAAUGCUGAACACUUCCCACCUCCUUCCACUCCUUUGAUGGCAAUUCAAUUGCAAAAAAAAUAGUGCCUUGUGAAGUAAUGUCCUGCAUUCCAGUUAUUAAAUGACAGAGAACAAAAUUAUUGUUUAUUUCUUCAAAAUAAGGGGAAAUAAUCCCGAUAAAAGCCAUUCAUAUCUCUGUAACUGCUUGGGUAGAUUACUGGCAGUAUUCAUGAUAGGAAAAAUAGGUGUAUAGGCCUUUCUGUGUUUAUUUGUAAAGGUGCUUUUUUGUUUUGUUUUAGAAACAUUUUGCUGCUAUAUUAAGCGCCACUGCUGUCUUACUUUUCAGUAUUUUACGGCAUACAAUCUGGUUCCUAAAGUUAAAAUGCCUUGAAUUAAUUUUAGCAGGUGACUUAUUGGUAUUGAUCUUCUAUAUGCUUCUAGAAAAUAAUUUUAUGCUUUUCAAAUUUCAUGACAAUGUCAGUGUAGUGUAAAAAUAUUAAUGCCGCCAAUUUGGAUAAGAAACAGGGUUUUCCCAUCUGAUCCCAAUGUUUGAAUUUACAAUGACUCUUGCAAAUGUGCACAUUGGAUAUUUGCUGAGAAAUACGCAGACAUUGACAUGUUUUACAGGGCUGAAAUGAGAUCAGAGGCCUGCUUUAGAUUAAUCACUUUUCAAAAUUGUGUAAACUUCAUGUUUUCCUAAAUAAUUAUGUAUUACUCAAAUGAUAAACUGUUAGGAACCUUAUAGUCAUAUGCAAGUUUUGAGAGGAGGAUUGCACAUUUGGUAAUAAACCUCAUCUGACAUACUUGCCCUGUCAUAACAAAAGCGAGGUCAAAGUGUUAUUUUUAAAACCAAAUAAGAAGAAACAAUAAUAAUCAUAUUUCUCUCACCAAAAAAUAAAGAAAAAUCAAGUGCUUAAUACUUUAAAAUUAAGUAUAAUUUGCUUGUAGUAAAACAUUUUUAAAUGAAAGUCAUAUUCAAUGUUCUUAACAACACUUUUGCAUCUAUAGUCUGUACAAAGCGUGUAACACAAACCUACCUAUCCUUUCCCCCAUUCCUGUACUGUUUGAGCUUUAAACAGUUUUGUGAUUGCUCUUUAAAACUCUGAUCGUGAAAAAACGUGUGCUUACUAUACUGUAAUCAGACGUGUGGGUUAUAACAGCAAUAUUUACUAUUACGUCAACAUAUGAAUAUGGAUUGGAACUUUGGCUACUACCACCUAUGGAAGCACUGCAUGAGCACAAGUGUCUGCCCUUAACAGCUGACCUGGGAUCAGCCAAUAGACCAAAUCACCUAUAUGAUCUCAGAGUAGGCAGAUUAAGGAGAAAAUACAACAGCUUUCACUCUCAUUAACAACCUUGUUGCAAACACAUGGUGAACUGGACUGAUCUUCAAAAAAGAGCUAAACUUGCAAAAUUGAAAAUGUACUGCUUCAACAAGUCAGAGCUUUUGAUUUCUUCAGCUUUCAUGUCACUCGUCAUUGAAGAAUUACUGUGUUUGUGUGAUAGGAUAGUAAUUAGAAUAGUAUUCUUUUGAUGGAGUACAAACAUCUGCUCACAACAAACCUUAAAUUGUGUAUUAUCAGUUUGAUGAAACCUGUUGUGACUUAUUCUCUUAUGGUGACUUGUAUCAUCUUAUAUCUCACUGUUAUAAAAUUAUAUAUCAGGACUGUAGUCACAUUCCAUUUUUUGCCAAAAGGAGAGCAAAAGGUGUACAUGAGCAUAUCAUAUGUUCAGUAAGUAAAUCACAAUGCUCCGCUCGUCCUCUUUCAAGCUUUUUGUUUGAGAAGUGACAUUAAGCAUUGGUACUUUCUGUCAUUUUUUGGUUGGGUUAUUUAAUUGGUACAGUUAAUUUGUAAACAUUAAUUUGUCCAAAAAUCUCUAUAUUUUAUUAAUUUCACAAGGUAAUUUUUUAACGUUGUGUUUUCAUGUUAAGUAUACUCUGUAAAUCAGAUUAAUGUGGCUUUUCAUAAAUUAAAUUCUGAAUUUGAUGGAAAACAUUACUGUACUGCAUGCUGUGUAUACAUUUGCGGGUUUCUUUUUCCUACAGUGUAUCAGCAUGAAUAAGCUUAAUAAUUCAAGUAAAACUAUCCUGACUGUGGAUAUAUGACUAAUAAACAUGUAAUGUUUUAUA